CGCUACCUUAAAUUGUUUUUAAAUAUUAAAACAUUGACUAUUUGACUUUUCCAAAAGGUUUGGCUUCAGUAGUGGAAACUAGACAGUGAUCAGUGCUCUGGUCAUACUUUCUUCUCGAGAAGGAAAUGGGGAUUCUGGAUUGCAUAUCUUCAACAUAUGAUUCAAUAAAACGGAACGCACCAAAUCAAAGCUCAGUGAAGCACUUGUAUUGGAGCUCUUACGAUUACUGCCGUGCCGCCGUUGCAAAGAUCCAUAAUAUUUUCACCGACAAUGCUGCAAUCGAAAAGCUCAAUCAACACUUGCCAGAUGAAGAUACCAGGUCCAAGAUUGCCGCCGCCGCUGUUCAAGAGGGCCUUAAAUUCGUCCCUGGUGGACCGAUAGUAUAUAAAAUUGUCAAUCGGUCACUCGGCGAUGACAAGAAGUCCAAGGAACAUAAAAAAGAUGUGCAGGAACUUAAAAAAGAUGUGCAGGAACUGAAAGAUAAGGUAGGCAGAAUGGAGAAAGAACUCAGUGAUUGUCGGAAAUCACUUGAGCAAACCAAGAUACGUAAGUCAAAAUUGUAAGAACACCAUCCUUGGUUUGAAUCAAAAACCAGAAGACGAGAUCAGAAUUUGAGUAAGCAUUUGUUGGAUAAUCUAAUAGUUCCUGGGGUUAGAUCUAGGAAGCCAAAUAUGAAAUAUGACCAUUGAAAUGGUCUUUACGCAACUGCUUGUAUGCCAUGCUUAUAUAAUUAAGUUUUCUUGUGCUUCAGAUGCUAUAUGCUAAUAACUAUGUAAUCUCCUGUUUUCAUGCUUUAACUCAGCUGAACUGAGGAUGGCAUGUGUAUUUUGCUGAGAAAAGACAUAGCAUUACCCUGCCUUGUGCGUGG